AUGUAUUCUGAUAACAAUUUGAAACAAAAAGUUAAAGUAUUAGAUAAUAGACGAAGACAAUCGCCAAAGGACAAAUUUCCUAAAAGGCCUGGACAGAAACCACUUCCUAAGCAGACACCUCGAAGUAAUCCAAGUCAAAAGAGUAAAAAACAUGAUGCAAAUGGAAUAGUAGAUGGAAUAGUGCCUGACAUCCCAAAUGAAGUAUUUGUGGAAAUCUUGACUCAGAGGUUUGCAGCUCUGGAGCAGCCAUUUGGAAUCAUUAUUGAGAGCUUAGACAGUGUUUUCCUUUGUCCUGAAACUACUGUUUUGUCUGCUGUUUUCCAAGCUGUUGGUAAUCUGAAAUUUCUUCAUUGUGUAAUACUGUAUGAUUCUUUUCCAAGAUAUUUUGAAAGAAAAGAAGCAGAAGAAAAUCACAAAAAAGAAGAAGAAGAGAAUAAAAUAAAGCAUCUUGAGCAAAUGACUGUUGAGGAAAUAAGUGACUUGUCAGAUGAUGAUGUGAUGCUGUACAAUAACCUGCAGUUGGAGAAACGAAGGGAGAAAUUUAAACUGAAGAAGGAGGAAAGAGCAAACAGAAAAGAAAUGAAAAUUCUACAAGAAGCCCUUAAAAAGAAGGUCUGCACAAAGGAAAGGACUAACACCAGAAGAAAUUGAGCGUCUUCUUCUGCAAUCAUCUUUUGAAGAAAACUACGCAGAUUUCUCUGACAGCAAUGAGGAAGCACAAAUAAUUGAAACUGCAGAUCAUUACAGCGAAUCUGAGCAGUCAUGCAUUGACAGGAAUGAAGUGAAAGGAAUGCCAUGUGAUGACAGCCAUUUUUAUAUUGAUAAGGACCAAGAAACUUUGUGGAUAAAUAAUCCGAUAGCACUG